GUUUCAAUGAUGUUUCACGCAACUAGUGGUUGUCAUUGAAAAAUGUUUCACCAUCAGCAUAACCUGACAUUUCUAGUGCAUUUUUGCUAACAUAAAAUUCGACUAACAAAAGUUUUAUUGAGAUGGAAGAGUGGUCAGUGUGUAGAUUGUGUCUCCAAUCGCGUGAAGAACCAUUGAAAUAUGUUUCCGGAACUCUGCACAACUCUCUUCCGUACAGGAGCAUUUACUUCACUGUGAUUGGAAUAUCCCUGACUGACUACAAGUCUUUUCCCACACAAAUUUGCACGAGAUGCGAGGAGAACAUGAUCAAUGCGUACUCCUUCAGGGAAAAAUGCCUGGAGACAGAAGAGAAACUGAGGGAAUUGGAGUCGUGGAAUAUGGUGAUUCCUGAAGUUAACUUGGACAUUGCUGGGAAAUCUUUGGAGGAGAAAGUUCAUGAGCUCCAUGAGAGAGAUGAAAAUGUUGAUUGUCUGGAUGCUACUGAAGAUUUUAGAAAUGAGCAGGAGGCAGAGUUCAGAGAAGAGCAGGAAGCCCGUAAGAUUCUCUGCAAACGCUGCAAAUUGGUGUUCAGGGGAUUUGAGACAUUUAGAAAGCACAAAUGUCGCAAAGAGAGAAAAAUCCAGUCGAUUAAGCCAAAGGAGACCAAACCCUGCAAUAUUUGCGGGAAGGAGAUCAAGGGAUCUCACUAUGUGCAGCACAUGGAUUAUCACAAUGGGAUCAAGCGCUAUGAAUGCGAAUACUGUGGGGAGAAAUUUUACUGGUGGACAGCCCGUCGGACGCACAUCUACAAGGAACAUCUGAAGAAGAAAGUCUGCAAGUGUCCCUACUGCCCAAAGGAAUUCUACAUCACUGGCCAGAUGAAUAUCCACAUAAAGCAAUUGCAUUCUGACAAUCCAGACUAUCAGUGUGAGAAGUGCGGGAAGGAAUUUAAAGUGGAGAGAUCAUUGAAGAAGCAUUUGCUGACCCAUGUUGAGGGUGGAGUUUGUAACUAUUGCGGUAAGAUCUACAACAAUCGCCUUCGAUUGAUCAAGCAUCUGAAAAUCCAUGGGAAUAGGGAGAAGGCAGAUUGCCCAAUCUGCUCAAAGACACUGAGAACUAUUUCAAUCCUGCGGAGUCAUUUUAAGAAAAUGCAUCCAGACCAGAUGCAUCUCUUUCCAGGUCCAAAAAUAAGCUAAAAGCGCAUUCAUUGAUUUAUGUAUUUUGCAUUUUAUUCAAUAAAUUAAUUUAAUCAUAAACC